UGGCAUGUAAUAAAACGUCUACAUUCAAAUAUUCAUAUUUUUUAAAGAUGUCUCUUGAAUUGAUAACUGACACAAAAACCGCAUUAUGCGAUCACGAAUAAUAACCAUUCAAAAAGGAUUUUCAAAUCUAUUACACAGUAGGAAAUUAGCGAAUAAACCAACCCGAUGUCAACCACACAUGAACGAGCUGCCCGUACCGUGCGGACCAUGGGAUCCUUGGUACAGACAGAAGCAAAGUUUUUAUAUGAAGCAUUUCCUAGGUGGAUUAGCCUGGUGGCUGUUUUCAUUUGGCAUGGCAAUUUAUACGGACAGUAUAUACCUUAAUUGGGGACCUCCUGAUUUCCCGUCACCUCCGAGCGAUAUGGUAGAAGAGUGCGAAGAUGCGUGAUCUGCUUUUUGCGAGAUAGCAAUUAUUAUUGUUUAGAAUUAUUAUUUUUUACAUAUUAAACUAUUCUAUAAAUGGUUCAAUAACACGGUAUUUGGGAUGCAGAUACCCAAACUCAGGACUGUAUAAAACCGAGAUAAACGGCUGUAUUUUUAAAACAAUUAUGUGUAAUAUGUGUCUGUUUAUUUACUUAUGUUUUAAUAAUAUACCUAAUACAUAGUUAGUCUUUAAGUUCGACAGACGAAAUAUACCAUCAUUUGUAUUAUUAUUUUACAUGACACAGGCUUGUUCGGAUUUAUUGUUUUCGUAAAAGCGCCACUCUCAAAAUAUAUCGCUAUUCUUAGUGUAAAAUGUACAGAUGUAAAAAUACUAAACUUUCAGGAAAUUACAUAAACUGAGUUUCUUUUUUUAUUAAUAUUAUGCUGAUAUUUUCCCCCUCGACUGUUCUCAUGCAGUCCAAUGUAUGUAUGACGUAGCAUUUUAUUAUUAAAAAGGA